AUGGAUCCAAUUUCCAAAACUUAUGCAAAUUCAGAUAAUAAUCCAUGCCCAUUGCCAAGUCCAAAUAUGCACAUUGCAAAUUAUCCAAUUUCCAAAGCGGACCUAGUUGCAAAGGCUGGCAAUUCUGUUACUAAUCCAUGGCCAUUGCCAAGUCCAAAGACAUUUGCAAAUUCUGAACUCGUAAAAGCAACAUCAACAGGGAUAGCAGCAGCAACACCAGAAAAUGUGAAGGCAAGUGAUGCUAAGGGUAGUCAACUAGUUGCCAAUUUCGGCCGAGGGAGCAGCAAUGGCGGCCACAGUGACAGCUUAGAGAGCUCCAGUGCAACGCUUAAGCCCCAUACCGGUGGUGAUGGUCGAUGGGAUGCCAUUAACUUGGCUUCUUCCAAAGAUUCCCCUCUUGGUCUUAGGCACUUUAGGCUCUUGAAGCGGCUCGGAUAUGGAGACAUAGGAAGUGUCUAUCUUGUUGAGCUCAGAGGAGCCAACACCUACUUUGCCAUGAAAGUCAUGGACAAGGGGUCUCUUGCAAGCAGAAAUAAGCUUCUUCGAGCUCAAACAGAAAGGGAGAUCCUUGGUCUUCUUGACCACCCAUUUCUACCUACUUUAUAUUCAUAUUUUGAGACUGAAAAGUUUUAUUGCUUGGUCAUGGAAUUCUGCAGUGGAGGUAAUCUUUACACUCUUCGUCAAAAGCAACCAAACAAGUAUUUCACUGAGGAAGCUGCUAGCAAUGUCUGA